GAAUGGCCGAUGGUGCAGAGUAAACCAUUCGUUGAACUCUGCAAGAUGGGUAAAUGCUGCGGGCCGUACUGUAGUGAUGUUUUGAAGAGGAAUGUGUUCGGGAAAGGCAAUGCUUGGGGUGGAGUAGAACGGCCAAUAGACGCUGAAGCGGCUAAUUGGAAAGCUGGGUAA